UACUGGAGGUUGCUCAUGCGGUUAAAAAGUUUGAAGGAGGGACCGUGCGUCCUGUGCAGUAGUUGGGAAUCAAAUAGUAAAAAUGAAGCUGAUGGGAAUUACUCUCGUUAUUUUAAUUCUUGAGUACCUGGCGUAUGAAAAGGCGUAUUGGAAGAUCGAAAGCCAUUCUUUUAUUCACAGCUACUGUAAUUACCUUAAGCGGCGAUGGUGUCUCAGUGGUGUCCAAUAAACUAAAACGCGGCUUCGCUAAUCCACCGUACAAGCUGCCCAUACAGUGCUCAUAUAAACAACCAGGUCGCAGCUUCCAUAUUAUCCAAGCUCUCAUAUCUCGUACUCCAAAGAAUAAAGGGGCGGCUGAGCAGUAGCUCGUCUGGCUGAUCAGGGUUCUGUUUCACUGUUUGAAUACCAACUAGAAGCCUCUGAGACAACGGCACCGCGGGGUCGCAAACCAGAAUGAAGAUCCUUGAGGCCCAGUCAGCGGUCUUAACAAACUAUGAAGUUUACACUCAUCUGUCGGAAUUGAGAGAGAGGUAUGCGAAGGAGCGUAAAAACAAGAGAGGACUGGGAAACCUACAGACCAUAGUCAUGGAGCUCAUGGACUACUUCGAGAAGCCUCCGUCUCCACUGGGGAGCAAGCCUUUGCCAUACAACAAAGACACCAUCCGUACUCUCUUGGAGCGCCUUCGUCCGUACGACCUCACAAAAGCUGAGAUAAUAAUGAUUAUGAACAAUAGGCCAAUGAGCCCUGCGGUGCUGAAUAUCUUGAUCCAAGAAUUUGACGACCGGUUCUACGAAGAUGUCGACGGCAUUCGCGAUGAUAUCCUUAAUAUCGUUGCAGAUGUUCUUGGGACACCUGAUCAAAAGGAUAGGCAGAUCAUGGCAGCCGAAGCAAGUGGACAUAGAGAAAAGGACAAUGAAGCGAAACUGGCAAGGAAUGAAGAUGUAAAGAUGGAAGGGCAACAAUAGAAGGAACAUAAAAGGUUGGGUUGGUAUUUAGCAUUGCGCGGCGUUCUCACACGGGGUAUAUAGGCGCUGGGACAAAUCAAUUAACUUCAGAGUGGCUGAAAAUUUAUCAGGAU